AAGACAGGGAGCCAGCCAGGGGUGGCCAGGGCUCCACGCUCAGCCAGAGGUGGAGUUCUCCAAGUUUCCCUCCGUCCCUCAACUUUCCUUUUACUGCCACCACAGACUCUCAGUGUCUCUUAGUCUCUCUCUUCUCUGCUCUUCUUGCCAGCCAUCAAACGUACAAUCCUGAGAACUUGGCGACCCUGGAACGGUAUGUGGAGACACAGGCCAAGGAGAAUGCCUAUGAUCUGGAGGCCAACCUGGCUGUCCUGAAGUUGUACCAGUUCAACCCAGCCUUCUUUCAGACCACAGUCACUGCCCAGAUUCUGCUGAAAGCCCUCACCAACCUGCCCCACACCGACUUCACUCUGUGCAAAUGUAUGAUCGACCAGGCACAUCAAGAAGAGCGGCCCAUCCGACAGAUCUUGUACCUUGGGGACCUGCUGGAGACUUGUCACUUUCAAGCUUUCUGGCAAGCCCUGGAUGAAAACAUGGACCUCCUGGAAGGCAUAACUGGCUUUGAAGACUCUGUCCGAAAAUUUAUCUGCCAUGUGGUGGGCAUCACGUACCAGCACAUCGACCGCUGGCUGCUUGCCGAGAUGCUCGGAGAUCUGACUGACAACCAGCUUAAAGUGUGGAUGAGCAAGUAUGGCUGGAGCGCCGACGAGUCAGGGCAGAUCUUCAUCUGCAGCCAGGAAGAGAGCAUUAAGCCCAAGAACAUCGUGGAGAAGAUUGACUUUGACAGUGUGUCCAGCAUCAUGGCCUCUUCCCAGUAACUGCGUGCGUUAAAUAAAGGCAUGUUCACACCA